AUGGAUGACAUCUACAAAGCUGCGGUAGAGCAGUUGACAGAAGAGCAGAAAAAUGAGUUCAAGGCUGCCUUUGACAUCUUUGUGCUGGGCGCUGAGGAUGGCUGCAUCAGCACCAAGGAAUUGGGCAAGGUGAUGCGGAUGUUGGGCCAGAACCCCACCCCGGAGGAGCUGCAGGAGAUGAUCGAUGAAGUGGAUGAGGAUGGCAGUGGCACAGUGGACUUUGAUGAGUUCCUGGUCAUGAUGGUUCGUUGCAUGAAGGAUGACAGCAAGGGCAAGUCAGAGGAGGAGCUGUCUGACCUCUUCCGCAUGUUUGACAAGAACUCAGAUGGCUACAUUGACCUAGAGGAGCUGAAGAUGAUGCUUCAGGCCACUGGGGAGACCAUCACAGAGGACGAUAUAGAGGAGCUCAUGAAAGACGGGGACAAGAACAAUGAUGGCCGCAUUGACUAUGAUGAGUUCCUGGAGUUCAUGAAGGGGGUGGAGUAA